AAUGGUUGGCUCCGUUGCUAUGCUAGUGUGGACAUUCUCGAUGGUGAUGGAGAAGAUGCAGCUCGCUCUCUGGCUUGGGAAAAGCGAGUUUUUAACCACAUAAAACACAUCCCUGCCACACAGCGACGAUACCAAACCAUGGCCGAGAUUAGACGGGCAACCGGGAAAUACCCUGGCGUCAACCCCGCCGUCAGUUGCUGCCGUCUGCGUCAGGUUCAGUCUUUGCUCAGUGAGGGCGAUACUUCCACUUCUGAUGGCGUCCUGUGCUCUCUUGGAAUUGACAGCAGGUACAACGAAGGCUGCACAGAGCUGGCUAAAUACCUCUUCUAUGGCCUCUAUGGAAAAAAUCCCUUUACCAUGGAACAUUCCCUGGAGGGAUUCUCAGAGGACAUGCUGGAUGACAUCAUCCUUCUGAUCAAAGCGGAGUGUGUACACCUCUACUGCAACCCUGUCAACUUCAGCUACUUGCUGCCUUACGUGUCGCACUGGAGGAACCUGCACCUCUACUGCAUGACGGAGGUUGAGUACCAGGAAGAAGAGGCGGCAGAGGAAUUCAAGAUAUCCAGUUUUGUCACAAUGGUACAAGACUGCCAUCGCAUCGGUGUGCCCUACAGCUCCCUGGGACACGUGCAAAAGUUUGACAUCUUCAUGGUGGAGAAGUGGCCCCUAAUCCAAGCCUUUGCUCUGGAGGGCAUCGGCGGAGGAAGCUUUUUCACCAUGAAAUAUAAGUUGUCAGACAUGAGCGAGCAGCUGUGGCAGCUUUACAGCCGACUGGACUCUGUGUCUUUGGACCAGCUGCUAGCCCAGGAUUUGAGCAGCUUUGAGAGGCAGUGGAGCAGCUUUUUCUCCCGCAUGGAUCUAGAGAGUCACAUGUCCAUCUUGGAUCUGUCGGAGGCUCAAGCAGGAGAGGUAUUUCGUAUGUAUUACUCCCACGGACUCAUCUCAAGCAACAUCUCAGACAAAAGAAAGGACCGGCAGCCAUUCGUGUUGUUUGGGGCACACUCGUCCUCAGAAGACAAGGACAGUUACUCCUUCAACUUCCCCUCUGAGAGUCAUCAAGUCCGCAACACGGGACCAACAGGCGGGGCAGCGAGACACAUGAUAUUGCAAUGUGUUGCCCCAAGAGGAGCGUUAGCUUGCUGUCGGACCUAUUUCUUUGGAACCACGCACACCCCGUACCUUGGGGGUCCGCAAACAAAGCCCCAGAAAAUGGAAGUCUUACUUUUGUCCCGCGUUUACUCAGCUGCGGUGCAAGCGGUUCUCGCAGGAGUCAAAUGCUUCUCCAGCACCUCCAGUGUCACAAAGGCUAAAGUUGUAGCGGAGAACACCUUACUGGCCACUUUGGACUCUUCAAAUUUAAGUGCAUACUGCAGUCUUCUCAGAUCCAGAUGUGAAUUUAACAUUCAGGCGGCCAAUAAGCAGGGAAGGCUCCUUCCUCUAACUGAUGCAGCGAGCCGCUUUGUCAUUAAAACAGCCUCCAUGACGGUCCGUGACAUUCCAGACCUGCAGGGGGAUGGGAGCAACCUGGGCUCCGUGGUCUUCUCUGAAGCUUUCCUUCAGUCCGUUAUCAGUAUUCAACACAAAGAUGGCACCGUGUCCUCAGACAGCUGCUACACCAUCCUGACUGCCGCCGUGCCUCGCUAUGCCUGCUGGAUGAUGGAAGCAGAUAUCAAGCAGUCUGAGCGGACCCAACAACUCACAAAGAAUGGAGAAAACACUUGUCUGGGCAGCGCUUUAACCGUAGCGGACGUGGCGUACGUGUUGUCAAGCAGCCAUCUGUCAGCACCUGAAGAUGGUAAGGUCAGCUUCUUCUCCAGAGGAUUGCUGUUUGUCCACUCUCAGUACGGAAGCAUCUCUCUCUCCCAGGAACACAUCAGCACCAUCAGAUUCUAUGACCCGGACCCCAGUGCGGUCUUGUCUCUCUUUGUGGACUACAAGAACAGCCUGCUGCCCCACUUGCCCUUCCCCCUCCACUGCUCUGAACAGUGCCUGGUAUUUGCCCUUCAACCCAAGUCAAAGAGCUACAGGUGCUUCUACUCCAAGGUUUUGCCAGAGUGGCAAAGGACUGAAUCGGGACUUGCCGUGCACUCGGUGGACCAGGAUCAGUUGACGUGGAGCCACAAAAACAUGCACAGCAGGCUGCAGCAGCUGCAUGAUGACCAGGAGCCUCCAGUUGCCAAACGCAGAGGCACCCUUAAGACAUUACAAUCACAUUUGCCAGAGCAGGACUUGUUUCUGCAGCACUUUUCCCUGAGCAGCAUCGGUGAAGAGCCAAUAUUGUCCGACCAUCUGGGGGCCCUCUUCCCUUCCGUAGAUCUGAGCAGAAACUCCAGUAGACAGAAAGACGCCAAGGUCAUCAUCACCAUUCUUAGCGGGGUGCCGGGGAGCCACAAGAAGACACUCUGCAACUUCCUGGUUCGGCUGAACAGAGAAUACGGAGGGUGGUUGGUGUAUCCGUCCGCUGCUGAUCCCUGUGACAUCUUCUCAGCCUCUCACCUGCAGGACUUUCUGUCAGACUUGGUAGUGAACCAAAAAAGGACGCAGGGAGGGAAGUGGCGCUUGUUGGUCCUCUCACCCGGAUAUGCAGAUGUUCUGGAUGUUGUUCAGGCUGUGAUUUUCCACCCGGACCCCGUUGUCCAGGCCCGUUUCACCAUCGGCGCUGUCGCUGCCUGUGUUGAUCCACUCGCCUCCUGCAUGGAGCACAGGUUUGCCUUCCCUAAACUGUUGGAGCAGUGCAGUCAAGGUAUCAUAAGCAGAGUUGUGUUUACCGGGCCUGUGGCAGAGCAGAAGCAUCCCCUGGUGCAGCACGUUCAGCAGCUGGUACGCACCGCCAACCCCACGGCAGCCUUUGUCCUGGCACCAAGGGGAGCUGUCACCAGGAGUGAAGAUGUCAAGCUAAUUUUGUCCGAGAGCAGCUUCAAUGGACCUCAAAUGCUGAGAGCACGUUAUGUCCUCUACCCAGGCUGGUGCACGGGGCGCUUCAAGUCUGGCUCCGGGUCUCUGGUCCUCGCGCAACAUCGUGUGGCUUUCAGCCGGCCUCUGGAAAGGCCUCUUUUUGUUGAACGCUGCAAAGCUUUCAAGGCAUCGCUGAGGCCGAACCCUUUUCGAGGGAAUGUCUACAAUCUUUCUGGAAAAGUCAUUUUUUCUGACUCUCAGCACAUGAUGGACGUGAGCUACAACACUGUGAGCGGCAACCUCAUUAUCAUCCCGGAGCAGGGCGUCGACCCCUUGAUCCAGAGGGGCGUUCAAAGGAGCGACGCCUCCUGUUUCUUGAUCUUUGAUGGGGUUGGCCUGGCUGAAAACGGACUCAAGGACUGGCUCAGACUGUGCACCAAGCAGAAACAGACCAAGAAGCCUAAAAAGACCGAAGAAAAUCUUUCACCGCAGGAAAUCAAGAACAUUCAUAUGAGCAGACAUUUGGACCCAUUACCACCAGGAUUCUUCUACAACGGCUAUCAAUAUGUGGGCAUCUUUGGAGAGAAAACCAACUGCCAUCCCAACAUGAAUGAGUUCAUCAAGGAGUACGUGGCCGAGGCCAACAAAGACAUCGAGCUGUACAACCGCCAGCUGGAGCUGCAGGUGCAACCGGACCUGUUUGAUCCUUGAAGGAGAGCCGCUUGUCAGUCCGCGCUAUUCGUCCGUCUUAAUUUACGCCUUGGGGAGGGGAGGAGUCAAAGAGGGCACAGGGUCACUGAACACUUCACUCCAAAUCCUUUCUUUCUGGUGCCUAAUGCAGGCACACUGUGGAUAAGUUGUGACGUGUGUUUGCAGCAUGAAAGUAAACCACUACCCCACCAGACCGCCGAGCUUCACAACCUCACACAAUCUAAGGGAAUUUCCAUUCCAAUUUCUGACAACUCUCCUGCAGCUUGCGCCUUUUGUGUUUAUCGCACUUGGCAAGUUAAUGCCUCUAUUUCUGGCCGGCAUGGAUAGCCGUGUGAUUACGGUGGGCUCCCCGGUGGGGUUUCUCAAGAAUUGUCGUCACCCAAUCCACAGAGCACCUGUCUGCUGAUCUGCGUGUUGCGCUCAGCCGCCAAGAUGUAAACACAGCACAAUCUGUGUGGUGUUGAGGCAACAACGCUACACGCCAGCCCCGUGCUUUAUUUUAAGACUUCCCGCCGCGAAUCUAAUGAAAGUGCAAUUAAGCAAACGUGCGUCCCCGCAGCGUCGCUUUAGAACAGCUGAGGCCGGUGUUAUGUGUCCACCAGAAUCUUCUCCUCUGUUACCAGGAAGAAAGCAGACUCUAGAGAUAGAUGCAAGCUAAGCCUCACUGCAUGUGACAACACUGGUCGUCUCCAUUUGUUUCACAUUCCUGUAUUUUAUCUAGACAGAGCAAAGCUCGUUCUCUAUUCCUAUACAAAGCAAUACAAAGAGGAACUAGGGUAAAGGGUAAAGGCCUAAACAUUUGGAGGGUCCUUGUUUUCAUCCAAAACAGGGCCAGAAUUGUAGAAAAAAACAGUGCUGUCACUACAAAAACAUCACAGAUUGAGGCAAACACUUUUAAUUUCUUAAAAAAUAAUUUUUUUAAAAAUAUAGCCCCUCGAGCAUUUUGGGGAAAACACCAUUUCAAACAUAGUGUUAUAGCACAAUGUGCGAAAGAAGACAUCGAUUUAAAACGGACUGGACAGAAAUGCAGUACAUUUCAAUUUGGCUUUUGACCUCACUUACCAAGUGUUUAAAAUAACUUGUUUUCGUCGCAUACAAGGUACAGACUAAUGCUGCUUUCAGGACGCCUGGGGAUGUCGGAAAUUUUCCACAAGCAGUUUAGAGGUCUAAACACAAAACAUAUUGGUCAAAUGUAAGCAACAAACAUGGCUGGCGGCCAGUAUAAGCUUGCAUCUGUAAAUGUCAGCAAUCCUGACAAUAAAACUACCGGUAAUAUGUUUUCUGUAUUUUACGUAAAACCAAAUAUUGGGAUGCAGAAUAUUUUUUUUUCAAGCCAUUACCGAUAACUUCCUGCUUCUCAAAACAGAUGCAGAUAACCGAUAACUUACUUAUGUGUGUGUAUAUAUUAUUUUUUUAUUUUUUUUAAAUGUCGAUUCGACUGUGGGGUUUGUGAACACCAAAGUAUGGAUGUAUACUGAGUACCAGCAUUUUUUUGGUUCCGGUUCCUAAUUAAGUCGGUCCAUAAGGACUGUGAAAAUUGUGGAUAACGAUACUGCUCUCAGUAUUUUUUGCUCCAGCUGACCGACGUAAUUAUGACACGCUGUCACAUUCAGUUCAGCUGCCACUGCUACACUAUACAAUUAGCUUUGAAUAAUGACAAAUAAGGAUGCAACACCACACAAAAGUUUGUAACAACAAUAUUUCCUCCUCAAAAGUUCCUCAAAGUCAUGCACGCUGUAUCAGUUUGCAAUUAAUACACUUUACUCAUGAUGAGUCAUGACCACGUUUUAUCAACCGUCGUCCGAGUGAUUCAUUAAUCCACAUGCCAAAAUUAAUCCACUCCAAAAAGUUAAAAUUUGAGGUAUAAUAUAAUAAUCCAUACAUUUGUUUCGAAGCAAGUUAGCAUCCGCUUUGACUGACGAGUCUCUGGUUGCCAUCCGUUUGCGUGUCAUUGAAACACAUCUUCCUGUAAUGUGUUUUAGUUAAUUCUGUCUCUUGACUACAAAUUGGGGGAUCGAGCAUUACACUUGCUCAGUGAGUGUUUUUAUUCAUAUUGUCCACACUACACACACACAUACAACAGUAGCUGUCAACACUCCGGCUUUGGGUCCGUCACACGAAUAUGUCCAUUUGCAACAUAAACACAAAUAACAAUUCCUAUUGUUACAAUAUGCACACCAACUUAAUAUGCUAAUUGAUUGUAUUGAUUUAAUAAUAUAUUUGAUAUAUCAUGUAAAAGGUCUGUUCUCUGCACAUGAAUGCCAUAUAUGAAUAUUAUUUGCAGCUAAGUGUAAUUGUAAUGAAUAGAAACAGAGUGAUGGAUCUGUGUGGUCUUUACAAUAGGAUAUAACAGCAUUUCAACUUCCAUUCCACACAUAGUUGACUUCUUUAAGACUUAAACGGGUGUUGAUAAAAUACUUCCCUACUCUAUGUUACAGUACACGUUGGAGGUGUUGUGGUUUAAUAUUUGCUCGUAUAAAUGCUAAUUGAAAUGCAUUUUUUCACAUCUUUACUUCCAUAAAUUACAUGUAGUACCGAUAAAUACUAGUAUCUAUAAGGGUAUUGUACCGAUAAAAUCUUAACGAUAUACAAGAAAGACUCAAUCAAAGGUGGAUCUGACAAACCAUACCUGUAGAUUUGUCCAGACAAAAGCCAUCAUUUCCAUGAUGAAAUAGAAGAGCGCUAUUGCCGUCUGGUCGUCACCGGUAAAUGUUUUGCACUUUUCAAACACUGCAGCAAUAAGAACUAGUCCAGGGCUUUUCUUUGUAACAGCUUCUAUAGCAGUAAGCAUCUUCAUACGCUAUAAACACACUGUCAUAGCAAUGCCGGCGUGUAGUGUGGCCAAUAAGGUUUGAUGUGUUGAAACGCGAAAUAUUCACUGAAUGUGCACACAAUAUUUUGUGCAAACAGCAGGCAAAAUAUAUUCGUCUGAAACCGUGAAGACGUCCCAUAAGAUCGACGUCAUUUUUGUUUCCACUGUGAGCUCAGGGGAAGUUUAGGACAUGUUUACAGCAUGGCACUUAGGAGAAAAGGAGUGCUUAAUUUUCUCACCCUAACCAACCCAGAGCACAGUACGGGUAAUCUCGCAUUUUUAGAGCGUUUUGUUUUGUAACUGUUUAUCAGUGUGACGUCAGAAUUCCUCAUAUUGGCCUGUUAAUUCCUUGUCCAACAUUUAUCGUUAUCCCCUACAAAAAAACCUAAUAUAGAGAUGAUAUCGUAAUGCAGCUAUACCAGGGGUGUUCAAACAUGCAGUGUUUAUUGUUUGUGUUAUAGUUUUUAAUACAUGUAUUAUUUAUUAUUAUUAGGGCCAAUAAAAAACGAGCUAAGGGACCAAAAAUGGCCUUCGGGUUGGACUUUGGACAUACCUGAUGUAAACAACAGAUCAGUUUUAUUUGUGCUAAAUUCCAACAGAAGUUACCUGACGGCUUUAUGAACAUAUAGCAAGUCUAGAAGUAUGAUCCUCAUACAUUCAAAAUAAACUCUGAAGAAGAAACCUUGAACAGAACCCAGGCACUAUGGGGCAGCCGUCAAAAAGAGAAAAGUCAGUAUAGAACAAAGUUCUUUCUCAAUACUAUACAAAAAAGAUUGAUUUGUAACUACCCAUUUCGCUGGGAUGCAGCAUGAUUUCGGCAUUUAUGUUAGAGAUCUCGCUGUCUGUCGGAAAGAAAACAAUGAACAUGGCGUCUUCUAAGACAAACCAAACAGUCCAGUUGCGAUCGAUUGAACGCCCUGAGAAUGCAUUGACCUGGAUGAAUGAGAACAUCCAUAGACAAUGAAUAUUACAGUGUUUUCUCUUCAAGUCGACAGGCCAAAAGUGAUAAAAGCUAUUUCCCCCUGUGUGUGUCUCUGUGCAGAUUUAUAUAAUCCUCACUCUGAAGCCAUAUCAUCCAGCGCUAGAUGUGCCACUGUCUUUUCCAAUAACGGAAUGCUUAGGAUAGCAACAAAGUAAGCCUCUAAUGUGUUCCUGUUAGGGUCAAUGGUCACUACUUCUAGUAACUUUUACAAGUGUAAUUGUACCUGAUGUGUGGACAUGCAUUGUUUCUACUGCAUUGCUCUCAUCAGCUCUUUAAGGACCAAGAAAAAAUGUUUUAUUGAGAAAAAAAACAAAACAA